CUUUCGAACUAUUCGCAGUCUAACCAGACUAAUUUGUAAUUUUAAAUAAUAUGACAUCUGUCAAAAUGUUCAUGUUAUAUUUUCAAAUUAUUAUUUCUAUCACUGGGAGCUGGACUCUGGACAAUGGAUUGGCAAGAACACCACCAAUGGGAUGGAUGUCAUGGCAAAGAUUUAGAUGUCAAAUCGAUUGCCAGGAAUAUCCAAAUGAUUGUAUCAGUGAAAAAUUAAUUCAGCGUACAGCUGAUAAGCUUGCCUCUGAUGGAUGGUUACAAUUAGGCUAUCGAUAUCUCAUAAUUGAUGACUGUUGGCAGUCAAAAGAACGUGAUCCAAAAUCCAAUCAGAUUGUUGCAGAUCCAAAAAGAUUUCCUAAUGGUAUUAAAAGUCUUUCCGAAUAUAUCCAUUCUAAAAAUCUCUUAUUCGGUAUAUAUCUUGAUUAUGGAACACUGACGUGUCAACAAUAUCCAGGAAGUAUGCAUUACUUAGAAGUCGAUGCAAAGAGUUUACUUGACUGGAAAACAGAUUAUGUCAAAAUGGAUGGAUGUUAUAGUCCACCAGCUGAGAUGCCAGAUGGUUAUGAAAAAUUUGCAAAACUUAUGAAUUCCACUGGUAGACGUAUGGUGUUCUCAUGUAGUUAUCCUGCCUACAUAGAAUGGAUUAAAAAUCCUAAGCUAAUUGAUUGGAAACGAUUACAGAAAAAUUGUAAUUUAUGGAGAAUGCUGGGUGAUGUACAAGACAGUUGGGCAUCAGUUGUUGGCAUUAUAAAUGCUUAUGUGAUCAGCAAUAAUCUGUUACCCAGGAUAGCUGGUCCAGGCCAUUGGAAUGAUCCUGAUAUGUUGCUGUUGGGUAAUUUUGGUCUGUCCAAUGAUCAAAAACGUGUACAAAUGGGUAUGUGGUGUAUGUUCGCUGCUCCACUGCUUAUCUCCGCGGAUAUGGAUCAGUUGGAUGAUGUGAGUGUAGCAUUGUUGACCAAUGCAAAUUUGCUAGCUAUCGAUCAAGAUAAAGGUGGACAUCAAGCAGAAUUUAUUAAAUCACAUAGAGAAGUACAAUACUGGAUAAGACAGUUGGACAGUGAUCCAGUAGGUUGGGCAAUCGCCUGUCUCAAUUUAGACGACGGUGGAGGACCAAUUCAUCUUCGCGUUAAUCUUGAUGAAUUCAAGUCAACAUUAUAUAAAAUAGUGGGUGAUAAAUUUCAGCUGGUCGAUGUAUUUACUGGCAAGAAAGUGGAAGAAGUGAAAAGGACAGAAAAUUUCACGAUAAUUGUCAAUCCAUCAGGGAUAAUGAUGUAUCGAGUGACACCGAUUUCAUCAGCACUUUGAGAAAACCCGCUGAAAGUAGUUUGCAAUGCAUGUAUUGCAUUUUCUGAAAAAAUUGUCAUAUGACUAUACACUACUUAAUUAUUACAGUAGUAUGAUAACAUUUGACAUAAAAAGAGACGUAAACAAUUUAUUUAUCCAUUUAUUUAUUUAAUUUUUCC